AUGAGCAUCGAUACUCCUAGCACUUCCGGUGGUGUUCAAACUGCCACUACUGCAUCUUCAGUAAAGGUUAUGUUUAAUGUCAAAAAUUCAGCAACUCAAAUCAAUGAGGUGCCCGCUAAUAACAAUGACACUACUAGCACUGUUACUAGUAAUACUUCUACUGCGGACAGACCAAGCCAACAUGAACAAGAUGAGAAAGUAGAUUUGAAAACAAUUAAUGAAAAUGAAACUGGUAGUACUGAUAAUGAGGAAUCAAAUUUGGAAAGUAAAGAUACAAACAAGAAGGAAGCUAGCGAUAGUGAAAACGAUAAUAAAAAUCAGCAAUUAUCCGUUUGCAAAAAUUGUCUAACUUCAAAAACUCCACUAUGGAGAAGAGAUGAAAACGGUGCCAUUCUAUGUAAUGCCUGUGGUUUAUUUUUGAAAUUGCAUGGUAGACCAAGACCAAUAAGUUUGAAGACAAACAUAAUUUUAAAAAGAAAUAGAAAAAAUCAUAGUCAUGCAAGUAUCGCUGCUGCUGCAACUGCUGCCGCAGCUGUAUCACGGCAUACAGGUUUUUAUCCACGAGUUACACCAAACGAUCAAAUCCCAAGGAUAACUACCACUAUUGAUAUAACUCCUAAUGGCUCAAACCCUAAACGUUUACCACAGAGCUUUAUAAAAAAUAAAACAAAACUAUUGUCAAAUUUAACUCAAACUAAUUCUAUGAAAAAUAGCGGUAGUAAUAAAAUAUUAAAACCAGAUAUUGGGAAUGGAACAAAAAUUUAUCAUAACAUAAUUCAACACAAUCCUCAGCAUCCGGCGGAUACUCCGACCGCAUCAAAUGAUCAUACUGUAAAGGCAUCCUCGUUGUCACAGAAUAAUGUUGGUAUAAAUUCAAAUCAUUACCACAAUCUGCAAAGAAAUAAUGUGGAACGUCCAGAGAAUGGUAUUAGUCAAGAUAUUCAUCAACCUCAACAAUCAUCAAUAAGCUCUCUUCCCCCAGCCAGGAAAAUUUUCCUUUCUGGACCAUCUUCACAACAAACUUCGGUUGAGACAACUCCUUCUAAUUCUCAUCCUAAACAUUCACAGUCUCCAGGUCCACAGCUUCCGCAUCUCUCUGCAUUAUUUGACGAUGUAAGGAAAUCUAAAAUUGAUAACGUUCCAUCACAGGAGCCACCUAAUGUACAAAAGAUGAAAACUAAUCGACCUAAUUCUCGUCCAUCUACCUCCCAUCAUUCUACCUCUCAUUCAUCUGCGUCUCACACUCCCAUUUCUCAUAUAUCUCCUUCCCCGACACCUGUUGCUCUAACUGCUACCUCCCAAACACCUGUCAAUGUAGAAGAAGCUAGAGUUCAAAGCAUAAGUCAGCCAAGCAAACAGUUGGCUAUUGCACUGGAAUCCCAAGAAGAAAUUAUAAAAUUGAAAUCUAAGGUUAAUGAACUAGAAUUGAUGACUGAUUUGUACAAAAACUACAUUUUCGAACUUAAUGAGAGAUGUGCCAAACUUGAUGAAGAAUUAAAAGCUUUUAAAGAUUUUGAAGCUAGAAGAUGA